AUGGCUGCGUGGGUGCCUGAACUGUCCCUGGCAGGGGCCUCAACUAGAUCCUCGGACUUCCCCCUUGGGGGCCCAGAAAAGAUUCUGAAGCUACCCACAAGCCCAUGGCCAUUGGAGCACAUCACCGUGCAGCCUGGGGGAUCUGUCCAGCAGGUGGUCCUGAAGAAGAUCCAGGAGCUCUCUGGCACAGACAACCAAGACCCCUUCAUGGUGGCCCACCUGGACAUGCUGGUCAGCCGCCACGAGACCUUCUGCCGGGCGCUGCCCCAAGUCCAGCCCUUCUAUGCUGUGAAAUGCAAUAGCAGCCCCUGGGUGUUGCGAGUCCUGGCCACCCUGGGCGCAGGCUUCGACUGUGCCAGCCAGUGGGAGCUGGAGCAGGUGUUGGGCCUGGGUGUGGCCCCCUCUCGCAUCAUCUUCGCCAACCCCUACAAGGCCGCUUCCCAUAUCCGGUAUGCUGCCCGCCAUGGGGUGCAGCUCCUGACCUUUGACUGCGAGGAGGAGCUGACCAAGGUGGCUCAGCACCACCUAGGGGCCAGGCUGCUUCUCCGGAUCCAGACUCAGCACAGCCAGAGCACCUUCCCCCUCAGUGGCAAGUUUGGGGCCAGCCUGGAGGAAUGUGGACACCUGCUCACAUCUGCCAGAGGGCUUGGGCUGGCUGUGGUUGGAGCCACCUUUCAUGUGGGCUCCGACUGUCACACACCCCAGAGCUUCGCCCAGGCCAUUGCGGACUGCCGGCUGGUGUUUGAGAUGGGCCGUGAAGCUGGCCAUGACAUGAACCUCUUGGAUCUGGGAGGGGGAUUUCCUGGAGCAGAGGGCUCCGAAGCCAGGUUUGAGGAGAUGGCAAGAGUGAUCAGAGCUGCCCUGGCCCAGACCUUCCCAAAGGAGACUGGCGUGAAAGUCAUGGCAGAGCCCGGCCGCUUCUACGCGGAGCCCAUCUGCACCACGGCCGUGAACAUCAUCGCUAAGAAGGCCGUGCGCAUGCCCGGAGGCCUCCGGAAGCUGAUCUACUACCUCAAUGAUGGCCACUAUGGCGUCUUCCGAAUCUUCCUCCGGGAGGCUGUCCCCAAGAUACCCAUCGUGGCAAAGGAGUUCCUUUGCAAGCCCCCCCUCUUCCCCUGCACCCUCUACGGACCCACAUGCGAUGCCUUUGACAGGCUCUUCCUGGACGAUGUGCAGCUUCCUGAGCUGGACGUAGGCGACUGGCUCAUUUUCCCCUCCAUGGGCGCCUACACCAGCUCCAUGAGCUCCACCUUCAAUGGCUUCCAACCUGCUGCCACCUGCUAUGCCAUGAGCCCCCAGCUCAGGAGCUUACUGGAGACAGCAUCUUCGGCAGGACCAGCCCUCAAGUCCUCCCACUUCCUUGGUCAGCAUCAUGGUUGCCACCCAGGCAAGGCCGAGGAACCUUCCAGCAUCCUUAGACUGGAAAGCAUUGUACCCCAGGAAUAA